ACUGCAUUGAGCACUGGACUAAACUAUCUGCAAAACUGAAGUUCCCUCCAGAAUUGCUCCACGUGCAUGUCUUUGUAUCCUCUGAAACACCAUGGAGUACAUUGAUGAAAUGGAUGAAGAUGAGUUAUUGGAGUUUGCCAUUCAUUUGAGUCUUGACGAACCAUUGAGCACUUUUGAAAGAGCCAGCAUUGAAAAUAUGAGGAUUUUAUCAGCAAUUGAUCAAGGAGAUGCGUUUGGACUAAGGAAAAUGCGCAAAAACAGCAAUGCAUUUAAGGAAAGAGACAGCAGAGGUUGGCUUCCUUUACACAGAGCAUCUGUCCAACCUGAUGCAGAGGUCCUGGAUGCCGUCCUCAUGGCAUCCCAUGAGGUCACAACAGAGGAUACGACAAGCGAUGGAGAGACCCCUCUUACUUUGGCUGUUCAAGCAGGACACGUGGAGAACGUGAAUGUUCUACUGCGGCAUGGAGCGUUACCACGCAACACCAACAGCAAGAACGAGACGCCACUUCUGCUGGCUGUGAGAAGAGACUCCUACAUGAUGGUUUAUGCACUAAUAAUGGGAGGAGCCUUGGUGGAGCAGGUGUGUUUGAAGAAAUGGACAGCCACCCAUGAGGCAGCUAAGGUGGGUUGUGUUGACAUUCUGAAGCUGCUGCUGAGAUACGGCGGAACGGUUAGGGGUCGUGACUUACACGGGGUCACCCCGCUGGGCAUCGCUGCUGAGUAUGGACAUCCUAAAAUACUGGAAAUCCUUAUACAAACUGGGGGCGACGUAACAGCAAAAGCCGCCAAUGGAGAUACUGUAUUGUAUGAAGCUGCGGGCUCUGGGAACCUGGACUGUAUUAAUCUGCUCUUACAGUAUGGCGCCAAUCCUAAUGUAGCAGGCUUUUGCUGUCAAUUGCCCAUUAACCGUGCGGCCUAUGAAGGGCACUACCUGGCACUAGAGACCCUCAUCCCCAUCACCAACAAGAGGGCCAUCCGUCUUUCCGGAAUGAGCCCGGUCCAUUCCGCAGCAGAUGGAGGCCACGCCGACUGUCUCAAGCUGCUGAUCGAAAAAGGCUUUGACGUUAACGCCAUCCUGGACUUUCGCAUCUCUGAGAACUACAGUGACAUGAGGAAGACUCCGCUUUAUUUUGCCGUCUCCAAUGGUGAUGUCACCUGCACAGAGUUGCUACUGAAAGCAGGUGCGAAGACAGAGCUGGACCCGCUCCGCUGCCUCCUGGUGGCGGUCAGAACUGGAAAAUACGAGCUGGUGCGGCUGCUUCUAGCCCACAGGGCAGACGUCAACUGUAUCUUUAAUGUUAUAAUUGACACAGUAUUUCCUACGGCCUUACAGUACUGCCACGAGGAUGAAAUGAUGCUGCGUCUGCUCCUUAACAAUGGUUUCCAUGCAGAAAGCUGUUUCGAGUGUUACCAUGAAGACCCUGUAACAAGAUACUCGUUGACAGAGACUAAAAACAAGUCGCACAAAACCAAGACCCAUACCAACAAAGUCUCUUUUUGUGAGUUCAUAAGCGUGGAGUGGAAGAGACUCUUGGCAGGAAGGGUCGUCCGAAUUCUCCUGGAUUACGUGAAUCACGUGAACAUUUGCCCCACCUUGCAGCGUAUUCUGGAGGAACAAGAGGAGUGGGACGACAUCUGUGACAUUCUCAGAAAGCCACGUCGUCUGCAGCACCUGGCCAGGCUGGUUAUCAGGAGACAGAUGAUUUUGAGAAGAUUAAAUGAUCCCGCGUAUAUGAACAGGGCUCCUUUCCCACCAGCACUGAGAAACUUUCUGCUAUAUAAAGAAUAUGAUCUUUAUGGUCAAAUGCUAAAAAACUAAAUUAUAUACAAAGUAUUUUUUUCUUCUUUUAUGUAGUUUUAUAUGUGAAGAGCUCAGAUAAAAAAACGCUAAGUGCAUCUGUCAUGAUUUCUUGUAAAUAAGCAUUUUUGGCUAUUAAAGGGAUAGUUUACCCAAAAUAAUUUAUUCACCCUCAUGUUGUUUUAAACAUGUAUGAGUUUGUUUAUAGAUAUUUUGAUAAAUGAUGGUAAGCACACAGAUUUUCAUUUUUUGGGUGAACUAUCCUUUUAAUGGAUUCUGCCUAAAAACUGGUAUUUCUGAAUAGGCCGAGGUGGGGAGGAUUAAGCGGAUUUAAAAAAGAAAGUAUUUGUUAAACGUAAUGCAUGUUGAGAGUGUUCGGUUAUAACCGUUAUUUAAUUUUUAUGGCUUUUGCAUCUGAACUCUUCAUCUGUAUUUGGUUAAAUGCAUUUAUAAAGCAAUGAUAAUGCCAUGAAAAGCUACAGGUGACAAGUGAAAAAAAGGGAGAGGAUUUUUAAAUGGUUCAUGACAUUCAUGAUGGUUCAUUGUUUUAUUUGCUUAGAAAUAUUUUGCAACAAUGUACUUCUGUGGUUUGUUCAUGUGUAUGUCAAUUUCAUGUUAUAGUUGAUAAAGAUUUACACUGCAUGCAAUAAAGGUACAGUUUGAUCA